AUAAUAUUUUAUCUUGUAAUCUAUAAACAUGUAAAUGUUUCUCGUAAUAAGCAGUGUGUAUGUCUUCGUAUUCUAAAUUUCAUGGAUAAACACAAUGGCGUCUUGUACACAGUCAUCCGGAACGAGACUACUUGUUGGAGCAAUAGAUUUUGGAACGACCUUCUCCGGCUGGGCCUUUUCUUUCAAACACGAAUACGAUUUGGACCCAACAAAAGCAAAUAUAAAGCACUGGCUGCCAAGCUCAGGGAAUUUAGUGACGGAAAAAACACCGACGUGUGUAUUGGUAAAUCCCGAUGGUAAAACAUUGAAAGCGUUCGGGUACGAUGCCGAAAACGAAUAUCGAGAAUUACUUGAUGAGGAAGAAGAAAACAAUUACUACUUCUUUAAACGAUUCAAAAUGAAACUCUAUUCUAAGAUUGGCAAUGACUUAAAACGAGACAUGGCAAUCGAAGACGAAUCUGGUAGACCACUUUUAGCAGCUGAUGUCUUUGGAAUGUCAAUCAAGUUCUUGGUAGACGAUAUGCUGAAAAAUGCUGGCAAGGGAAUACAUGGCAUAAUCAGACCCUCUGAAAUUCACUUAGUUGUGACAGUUCCCGCAAUAUGGUCCGAUGCUGCAAAACAAUUCAUGGGCGAGGCUGCUGAAAAAGCUGGUAUCCUUAAAGAUCGAUUAACAAUUGCACUGGAGCCUGAAGUAGCUUCGCUUUAUUGUAGACACAUACAUAUUCACAAACCUGAUGAUAUAUCCAUGUCCAAGUUACCGAAGGGCACCAAGUACAUUGUCGUUGAUGCAGGAGGAGGAACAAUAGACAUAACAGUACACGAGGCUGGAAGUGACAAUACACUCAGGGAAGUUAAAGCUGCAAGUGGUGGCGAUUGGGGAGGUAUAAUGGUUGACAAAGAAUUCGAAAAUUUGCUUACACGUAUGGUAGGACAAAAUGUAUUUGAACAGUUUAUGCUAGAGGAAAAGGAGGAUUGGCUUGAUAUGCAAAGGGAAUUUGAGUCAAAGAAACGAGAGCCAAAUAUGGACAAUGUAGGUAAAAUAGGGAUUCGAUUGCCGGUUUCCCUGACUGAUCUUUACAAGAAACACUCCCAAAAUGACAUAAGUACUAUUUUAGCAUCGUCUCCGUAUGCAGGUCUGAUUGUGCUUAAAAGGGAUAAGAUGAAGAUUUCUAACAAGGUCUUUGUUGAUCUUUUUGAAAGUUCGGUAACAAAAAUAAUUGAUCAUCUAAAGUCGAUGCUGUCCGAUAGCUCACUUAAAGAAGUAAGAGUUUUAAUCAUGGUCGGUGGUUAUUCGGAAUCGCAAGUAUUACAUCGUGCAAUUACAGAAACAUUUCCCGGAAUUCAAGUCGUAAGACCUAUUGGCGCUUCAUCGGUCGUAUUGAGAGGUGCCCUAAUCUAUGGGCACAACCCUUUUUCAAUAAGCGAAAGAAUUCUAAAAUAUACGUAUGGCACUAACUACACACCGCUUUUUAUUGAGGGAUUUCAUCCCGAAAGUAAACGUUUCACAUCAAAGGAUGGACAAAUAAGAUGUCGGAAUGCCUUUAACAAAUUUGUAACUACUGGACAGACAGUAAAGCCGGGUGAAACCCAAGUAACAGAUACCUAUUUUACUCCUUCAAGAAGACAGAAGGCUAUGCAGUUUGAAAUAUAUGCUUCAGUGAAUAAAGAUCCUGCUUACACAGAUGAUGACGGAUGCUUUGAGAUAGGUAGACUAAAAAUAGAGUUUGAUAAUGAACUUAUCAGGAGUGAUAGAAGAGAUAGGAAAGUAGCACUAUCUAUGCUAUUCGGGGAGACAGAAGUCAUCGUAGAAGUUGAAGAUAAAUGUACUGGAAAGAAGGAAAUAACUACAAUUGAUUUUCUUUAGUUAUAUAGUUAAGCGUUUUAAAAUUAUCAAUUUGAAAGUAACUUGAAACUGGACAGACUUUAGGGAUUCUUAUUUUCUGACUUUAGGGGUUCUUAUUUUCUCUUUUUUUGUCUUAGAUUAAUUUCAUUGAUAUACGUUUUUGCGGCGGACGCGCACUCAUGCGCGUUCCGAGUUAUGUCAUCUACACAUGUGAUUUCCACGGCUAUAUAAUCUAAAGAGUGUCUCCAAACAGGGACGUAUAUCAACCACGGUUGUGGCCUUUAUAGACUCUGUCAAUAACACAUAAAUCUAACCUCAUUUGACGCCAUUAAAGUGACACCAUCUACUCAGGUUUUAUCAUCAACAAUUGCUCAUGCAUUUGAGCUUAAAUAUCGUGCGACAGAGAAUAAAUUUAUUUUUGAUUGCACGAAUU